AUGGCCUACGCUUUGGCAACCUCGUAUUCGGGGGAAUCUCUUCUCUCAGGCUUCAACUGGUUCAGCGGAGCCGAUCCUUCGCAUGGAUCCGUCUCUUACCAAAGCCGUUCCGAUGCCCAAGCCAUGGGUCUCUACUCGGUCGACCAAAACACAGGUGUUGUGCGGCUGGGGGUCGACCACACUAACACAUAUGCCCUCAACCAAGGAAGACCGAGCAUACGCCUCGAGAGCAAGCAGGCCUACAACCAUGGUCUGUUUGUGGCUGAUUUCCUGCACAUGCCCCCUUCGCAGUGUGGUCUCUGGCCAGCAUUCUGGGCGUAUGGCCCGAACUGGCCGUAUGGCGGUGAAGUCGACAUUGUCGAAGGAGCCAACGACCAGUAUCACAACGUCUUGUCGGCACACACGGCACAAGGAUGCACAGUCUCCAGCACCAUGAGUUCCAUGUUCUCGGGGUCUCAGCGCACGACAAACUGCUUCGUCGGCGGCGACAACGUCGGAUGCGGCUACUUUUCUCCUCCAGGAGACACCGCCGCGUAUGGCGAUGGAUUCAACGCCGCCAACGGGGGCGUGUACGCCAUGGAGUGGGACAGCGACUUCAUCAAGAUCUGGCACUUUACAAGAGGCCAGAUUCCCCAGGACAUUACGGCUAAGCAACCCGACCCAGACGGGUGGGGAUUGCCAACGGCCAUAUUUGGAGGGCCGUCUUGCAGCGUGGACAACUUCUUCAAGGAUAUGAGUCUCGUCAUCAACAUUAACUUUUGCGGUGAUUGGGGGAACGCUAUUUGGGGCAAAACCGACGGCUGCGGCAAAUUCGCCUCGACUUGCAGCGAAUAUGUCGCCAAAAAUCCCCAGGCGAUCAUCGCCAGCAUCAUCGCCAGCAUCAUCGUCGGCAUCGUCGUCGGCACCAUCGUCGGCAUCGUCGGCAUCAUCAGGAUCAUCGUCGGCAUCAUUGUCAGGAUCAUCCCCAGGGUCAACACCGGCGUCAACAUCGGCGUCAACAUCGGCACCGACAUCCUCCACUACCAGUCAACCUGA